GGGAAACAGCCGAGGAGGCGGCGCGGCGACCCGGGCGGUCAAGGAGGCUGGCAGGUGGCGCCGGCAGCUUGGGUAGAGCGGAGCCGAGGGGUGGACGCUCCCGGCUGGAGGGGCCCACUCCAUGCAUGCGGGCCAAGGUCGGCCCCCGCCGGCUGCCGACAUGAAGAAAGACGUGCGGAUCCUGCUGGUGGGAGAACCUAGAGUUGGGAAGACAUCACUGAUUAUGUCUCUGGUCAGUGAAGAAUUUCCAGAAGAGGUUCCUCCCCGUGCAGAAGAAAUCACCAUUCCAGCUGAUGUAACCCCUGAGAGAGUUCCAACACACAUUGUAGAUUACUCAGAAGCAGAGCAGAGUGAUGAACAACUUCAUCAAGAAAUAUCACAGGCUAAUGUCAUCUGCAUAGUUUAUGCUGUUAACAACAAGCAUUCUAUUGAUAAGGUAACGAGUCGAUGGAUUCCUCUCAUAAAUGAAAGAACAGACAAAGACAGCAG